CCAAACGCGCUAAAUUUAUAACCAAAACGACUCAAGUAUGUUCUCAGUUAUAUUGAGAUCAGACCUCCAUUGUAAAGCUUCCCGAUACGUUUUUCUCGACCAAUCUCUCUCUCAAUCAUUCGCUCCCGCUCUUCUGUGCGAUUCGGAAGGGAGAAAAAAAUUAGGGUUUCAUUUUUCUGAAGCGUUUUGUCCUCCAAGAUCGAUCUUCGCUGUUUGCUUUUCAGAAACAUCUGUUUGAGGCACUAGAAAAGAAGAAAUGCUGAUUUUUUUUCCUUCUAAAUGUGAUUUGCUUUCUGAGUUAAGAAUGAAGCCAGGAGCGUCUACUUUGAAUCCAUAUGCAGCAUCAUAUAUACCACUAUCAAAAAGAAAUGCAGGUGAUAAUACUGAAGUUCCUGGAUUGACCUCAAGGGGUGCUAAUGCCCAGAACAGUUAUCAUGGCAAAGCAUCUCAUCACUCUCAUGUCUGUGUCAAUGAGAAGCUAUCUUUGCCCGAAGUUUCUACACUGAAGAGCCACCCUGCUCUAUCAUCACAUAUUCCAAAUGAGAUGAGAGAUAAGCAGAUGGUGGAUAUGGAAUUUGACGUGGACAUGGAAUAUCUUCGGAUGUUGUUCCCUGGUGUAUCCGAUCAAUCCCUCUCUGAUGUAUAUUUGCAUAGUGGCGGUGAUAUGGAUGCCACUAUGGACAUGCUAAACCAUCUUGAGUGUUACUCUGUUGAGUCUUCUGAAAAUCUUCCAGACACUUUGGACAUUGGUGAUGUUGUGGAUUCUGGCUCUUCAGCUGGGUGUUCAUCUUCAAAAUUGAAGAAUGCUGUGGAUGAAGCCAGCGUGUCGUCAUCCGGUCCUUCCGACUUGUAAUUUGAUCUACAUUUUAAGUUUUCUCUCCUUAUACAUUGGGCCUUUUUUUUUUCUCCGGUUUGGUGGAUAUAUGGAUCAUGUCGUCAAGGGAUAACAUUGUGAAUUUUACCGGUUGGUCGUGGGUGUAUAGUUCUUUAGGUUCUUUGGUCCAAAUAUUUUCACCAGCCAUUGGAUAGUUGUUUUUUGUUUGAAGGUUUUAUACUUCAAUACUCCCCCUGAGUGAUUAUCUUGCAGGUUUCAGGUUUUAUGAAA